AAAAAAGAAAGACAGGCACCACCCGAACCAGAACCACAGAUGACAGGCUCACAGUCCACAGACUGACAGACUGCAGGAAGGGAAAGGAACGGACAUGGCGGCGGCCGGCGGCGAGAGCAUGAUGACGAGGGAGCAGCUGCUCCACCUCUUCUCCCGCUUCUCCUUCCUUAUCUCCCUCCCCGAGGUCAAGCAGCGGAUUGCCGACGCCGUCAGGGACAAGCAGGAGGCCGUGGCCGUGACCACUGAAAUACAAGAGGAGAUUCUUCACGAGAUGGGAGUAGUUUACAAUGAUUUGAUGCAGAUGAGGAAUAAGAAUCAGAUUGAGAACGAUGAUGCAUUUACAAUAGAUCCAAGUUUUGGCAUUGGUUGCCUAGGAAAGGUCAAUGUUGUUUACGAAAAUGACAAGGACUUGAUGAUUAAAUUCUAUCAAUUUGUUGCCAAAGAAGAAAUGGCUAUUGAUGAAGCUGAGCUUGAACCCAGAGAAUUGGCUGCCAAACUACAUGCUCAACAAAUAAUACAAGAACAGCAACUGAACAUGCUAGUUGAAAUGAGGAAAUAUAGCCCAGAGAGCCAAUCUGUCAUACUUGGGACUUUGCACAGAGAAUUGGAAGAAGCUAAUUUUGACAUCAAUACAUCGAUCUUGAGUCCAGAGCAAAUCCAAGAGAUUGUUCAAAAGUGAUAUAUUUCCAACAGAUGAGAUGACUACCUGCUUUGUCUGUGGUGCUUGUGUUUGUAUAAUUGCUAAAAAGUGUGAGCAGUCCUGUCUAUUUGAUUUCUAGAAAAAUACAAAUUGCAUGUCGAGAAGUGUAGCUGUUACAAGUAACCCUGCAGAACAAACUGAUUUUGCAAAGGUAGUUCACAGGGAUGUACAACAUUCUGAAUUUUGCAAAUAUACUUCUCGUGCAUGCUCCUUUCUUGGCCUC